AUACGUUAGGGGCGGGAAAUACAUCGGAAGAAGUCGGUACAUUCGAUUUUGUGGAAAACGUUUCUUUCUUGUUUGCUGACUGAAUUGUUACUACAUGUCUGAAGGGGCCACAUCAGCGGGAGGGGACACAAAGAACCAGUCCCGUGCAGUUCAGUCAAGAGGUGGAGAAUCAUUAGAAGACCUGCUGUCUACUCUGCAAUCCCAGAUUAAGUCUUCCGAUUGGCUUCAGAAAAAUACUGCUGAAAAAUGGGAAGCCGAAAACCCAGAGCUUGCCAGAGAAUACAAGGAAGCCAUGAAAACAAACUCGGACAAUGCAGACGACAAAGAAAAACCUGCAUCUUGACAACCGGAUAUAUUUCUUAGGCUUCUUAUCUAAGUUCAGAACAGUUAAGUGUGGUGACAUGACUGCUUGCGAGACUAUGCAUCAUCAGGGUUUAUCAGGGUUUAUUUCUUUUUAUCCUAGUUGUCCUACAGGAGACUCUGGAUUCAAGGCAUAGGGCUAUUCUAGAAUUGAUCACAUGUGGUGAAGGAGAGGAUAUUUGUUAUUUUAUACCCGCUACCCAGUGAAUAAAAGUGUAUGUAAA